CGGAGGAGGGAGAAGUGGAGGCAGAAACACUCCGCAGCAUCCGUGUCAAAAACGAUGAAGGUUGUGUCACAAGCGACGGUUUUUGCUUGAAAAUACGGAAAAGGCAGAGCAGCUGUCAUCAUGUAUGGAUUUGUGAAUCACGCCUUGGAGCUCCUCGUUUUGAGGAAUUAUGGCCCGGAAGUGUGGGAAGACAUCAAGAGGGAGGCUCAGCUGGAUAUUGAGGGUCAGUUCCUGGUUAGAAUCAUAUACGAUGAUACCAAAACGUACGACCUAGUAGCGGCUGCGAGUAAAGUUCUCAAGAUCGAUGCGGGAGACAUCUUGCAGCUGUUUGGGAAGAUGUUUUUUGAAUUUUGCCAAGAAUCAGGAUAUGACACCAUCUUGCGAGUGCUGGGAUCCAAUGUUCGUGAGUUCCUGCAGAACUUGGAUGCUCUACACGACCACCUGGGUACCAUUUAUCCUGGAAUGAGAGCUCCCUCAUUUCGCUGCACUGAUGCCGAGAAGGGAACCAAUCUGAUACUUCACUACUACUCAGAGAGAGAAGGCCUGCAAGACAUUGUGAUUGGCAUCAUUAAAACUGUCGCUCAACAAAUCCACGGAACAGAGAUAGAGAUGAAGAUGAUCCAGCCAAAAAGUGAGGAGUGCGAUCACAUCAAGUUCCUCAUUGAGGAGAAGGAUUCAGAGGAGGAGGCGUUUUACGAGGACCUGGAUGGCUUUGAGGAGAACGGCACGCAGGAGACUCGGAUCAGUCCAUAUACGUUUUGCAAGGCCUUCCCAUUCCACCUCAUGUUCGACAAGGACCUGAUGCUCACGCAGUGUGGGAACGCCAUUUAUCGAAUCCUGCCACAGCUUCACCCUGGUACCUGUAUCCUGCCUUCAGUCUUCUCGUUGGUCCGUCCUCACAUCGACUUCAGUUUUCACGGCAUCCUCUCCCACAUCAACACAGUCUUUGUUCUGCGAAGCAAGGAGGGCCUGCUGAAUGUGGAGACUGUAGAGAAUGAGGACGAGCUGACGGGAGUGGAGAUCAGCUGUCUGAGACUGAAAGGACAGAUGAUUUACUUGCCAGAGGCAGAGAACAUCCUUUUCCUUUGCUCACCCAGUGUCAUGAACCUGGAUGAUCUUACACGGAGGGGGCUGUACCUGAGCGAUAUCCCGCUGCACGACGCCACGCGUGACCUGGUGCUGCUGGGAGAGCAGUUUCGUGAGGAGUACAAGCUGACCCAGGAGCUGGAGAUCUUGACGGAUCGUCUGCAGCACACACUCCGGGCCCUGGAGGACGAGAAGAAAAAAACAGACAGAUUGCUCUAUUCCGUGUUGCCACCAUCUGUUGCCAACGAGCUGCGUCACAAACGGCCCGUCCCGGCAAAGCGCUACGACAACGUGACCAUCCUCUUCAGUGGCAUCGUCGGAUUCAACGUCUUCUGCAGCAAGCACGCCUCAGCCGAGGGAGCCAUCAAGAUAGUCAACCUGCUCAAUGAUGUUUACACGCGCUUUGACAUCUUGACAGACUCUCGCAAGAACCCUUAUGUAUACAAGGUGGAAACUGUGGGUGAUAAGUACAUGACAGUGAGUGGCUUGCCAGAACCAUGCACACACCACGCCAAGUCCAUCUGCCACCUCGCUCUGGAUAUGCUGGAGAUUGCCGGACAAGUCAAAGUGGAUAAUGAACCAGUGCAGAUUACGAUCGGUAUCCACACUGGAGAGGUGGUGACCGGAGUGAUUGGCCAGAGGAUGCCCAGAUAUUGCCUUUUUGGAAACACAGUCAACCUUACAAGUCGCACUGAAACUACCGGUGACAAGGGGAAAAUAAAUGUCUCAGAAUAUACUUAUCGGUGUUUGCAGUCGGCUGAGAACGCUGACCCUCAGUUUCACUUGGAGUAUCGUGGACCCAUCACCAUGAAAGGAAAGAAGGAUCCAAUGAAGGUGUAUUUCUUGUCCCGGAAAUCCACAGACACAGAGUCCACCGCGGUUAAAGCUUAACUCUCCAGCGUUAUACCAUCGUGAGUGUCCUCUGAUGUUUGGGUUGAGGUUAGAAUGAGAUUGAUUUGAAGUGAUAUUUUUAUGAACCAUGUUUCUUUUUCUUUCUUCCACAAGUGAACAUGUGUCCCAGCUUGACCAGUAUCUUGACCUCACUGUGUUUAUGUCCACAGUAUGUAGUUCACUUUAAUUUUAAUUUUGGAGAAAAAAACCCGAAACUUUCUUGUUUAAGUGUUUUGAUAAGCAAACCGUUUCUCAUCACUUUGAUGUUGUCGUUGUUACUCUUUCCCAUCGUGCCAUAAAUACUGAGAAUCUAUCGGAAAAAAACUAACUUCAAUCGAGAUAAAACAAAUGUAAUUAUUGUAAUUUUCACUUUGAGAGUAGCAUUAAUAAAUCCUUAAUUGAAAAUGAAAGAUUGAAUAACAGAGUAAUACACAAACAUGUUAGUGCCAUUACAUCAGUCAUCGUUACAGGGAUGGAAGAGUUUUGGAUGUGAGAUAUACAAAGUUUGACACUGAAUAUACAUGUAGUUUUUAUAUAGGUUAUGAUCAAUUUUACUUUUAUUUAGAUCUGUAUGUUGAAAUUUAAGAUGUAAUUCAUGUUAAGCUAUUUUUAUAAUUCACAAACGAUACAGCGUUGAGCCAUUGGUAAACUCGUGAUCAUGUAUCUAUCACUGACUCGUGAAGUUGUCACAUAAAUGAAAUUAUAAAUACUUACUACUUUAUUUAAUAUAUUUAUUUCCCCUCUCGACACAUAGCACAUUCACUUUUUUAACGUAGUCUAUGAAGUAAUAUAGGGUACUCUUUUCAAUUUAGCUCUAUGUUGUUGAAGUAUUAUUAAAAUAACUACAUAUUUAUUGUUCACAUCCUGUUUGUAUUUAUUUUGUUUCUCUAUAGUUCUAAUGAUCAACUUUAGGGAGCAAAUCAAAUGGUGCAUCUCAUUGUGGAUGAAACUACUGUAGAGG